CAUUCUUCGAAUGCAAAGUUUUCAACCGAAUCAUUACAACACUGAAUCAUACAAAAGUUAAAUAUACUCCGGUACUGGUGACCAGAACCCCUGCUUUACCUGGACAAGUGCCAUACAUAGUUGUCAUCAAAGAACCUGCUGCAAAGAAUAAAGUUGUCAAGAAUAAUGUGAGGACAGACGCUGAAACGUUCUGGAUUAACAUGUGUAUAGGCAGCAUUAUCGACCAAUCUAGGGUUUUAACAGUUGCUCAUUGUUUUGAAUACGAUAACUUCACGUACGUUCAAGAUCCGCGGCGUUUGCGGGUAGCGGCAGGCAACCAAGGUAACUUCGUCGCCCGAACUGAUUACUUUCUCGAGUAUGACGACUAUGUCACAAUUCAAUGGAGAACAAUAGUAGAUAUAAAAAUUCACGAACACUUUUAUUUUCCUACCAAUGAUAUCGCAAUAAUACUGGUGAACAUACCAUUUCUGUUAAACGAUGACGUGGGAUAUAUACGACCAGCAACACGGAGCGUGGAUAAGCUAGACAAUUGCGUGUCAGCUGGUUACGCCAAUGUACCACUUCGUGACGGUAAAGGAGUUACUCCCGCGAUUAUGGUCACCCCAGUGUCUGUUAUACCGUCGACACGCUGCUCGACUUUAUGGGAAAUUAAUAUGAGUGCUUUCGUAUGUACACAGACUGCGGUGAAGGAUAUGACUGGUCUUGACAUAGGAGGCCCCCUCGUUUGUACAGGUAUGCCGAUGACUACUCGCGAAACGGUUGACCAACUUGAAGGUAUUGUGAGCGGCAGGACAUUGGACCAUACUAUUCUAUUUACAAGAGUAUCUGAAUAUUUUGACUGGCUCCUAGAAAAUGGAUACAACCACGGUCCAGCAACAGCAUUGAGGGAUUCUAGACAUGAACACAUCUUCCAACCCAUUGAAGGCGAUCCAUCCUAA